UCAAGCACGAUCGACACAUGAUCCAAAAUGCUUGCAGUGACAUUAGCGCGGAGCUAACUUACAGGAGACGUUAAGUCAAGAAACUGUAAAGUAUUGCGAGGUCGGAAAUGGGAUAUUUCAACUCUCCUUCGCCUCGAACGAAGUCUUGCGUUCAAAUGUGUCUCGCGCCAGCGGCCCAACUAAAACCGUUACAAACUCUGCUGCGCGAGCGCCGGAACUGAGAUGAAAUGCUCAAAUAUCUGAGAGAAAAAGAUAAACAUAUAUCACUUAAGAGGAAAAGAUGCUAAGAUGCAGGUGACAACGCACCUGCAAAAUGAAUGAACCGCAUAUCUAUCAACCCAAUAUGGAUCACAGUCAGACCAGGCUGACGGUGGAGAGAUAAAGUACGCAUUCUAGCAACUGUGUCCUGUUAGCACGGCUAGCCGCGACAAGGAAAGGCCAACUAUGGAGAUGAAUAUGAAACAGCAGACGACUGAAAGAGGACACACUCACUCACACCAGGUUGUGCAACACGUAUAUCGUGCCAUUGGCUCUAAACAUAUACCAAUGAAGGGCAUUAAGAUGGUGCAUUUGGACUCUCACCCAGACCUUCUCAUUCCUGUCAAUAUGCCUGCUGAUACUGUAUAUGACAAAGAGACGCUGCUCAGUGAGCUGAGCAUUGAGAAUUGGAUUAUGCCGAUGGUCUAUGCCGGACACGUGUCCCAUGUUGCCUGGCUGCAUCCUUACUGGGCUCAGCAAAUCAAAGAAGGGGAGCACGUCAUGUGUGUAGGGAAAGAUACAUCCACCACCACAAUAAGAGUCACUAGCACGGACGAUUACUUUUUAAGUGACGCGCUUUAUGUGCCACUGGAUCAACUUGAAAACCCAAAAGAAUUACAUUUACACGUCAUCAGGGUGAAUCCUGUCAACACUUUGGAGAAAAAAGAGAGUGGAAAUGGACAAAGCAGUGCUAAAAUACCUAAAGCUUCAACAGGAGCUGCACAUUUGGAAGAUGCUACGGAGUCAAUAAUAGAUAACCCGUGCACUUCUUCUCAUCAACCACCUGGUGGCAGCACUGCACCAGAGAACUUCAGUGACACUGUUUUAAAGACUGAUGAGGGGUCAACAAGCUACAUUACAAGCACGCUUUUAUCAGUUAUAAAGGACACAGACCUUUUUAUACUUGACAUCGACUUGGAUUUUUUCUCCUGUAAGAACCCUUUCAAGGAGAUGUAUACUCAGGAAGAAUAUGCUCUCAUGCAAGAAUUAUACCGCUUCAACAGGCCACAAAAAGAGCAAGAUGAGGAAAAGCUCUCCGAUUGUGUAGAGAGACGCACCCACCAGCUUGAAGACCUGGAGGCUGCAUUUGCCGACCUGCUAGAAGAUGACAGCCAGGAAACUAUAGAUCGAUUAGCAGCAAACCCAGGAAUGGAAUCUCUAGCCAGACUUGUACACAGCCUUAAGAAUCGAACUGAGUCACCGGACUAUGAAAUGGUGCAUCAGGCAGGCUUGACCUGUGAUUACUCAGAGCUCCCUCACCAUAUCAGCAGUGAGGAGGAGAUCCAGCAAAUGAUCACGGCCGUGCAGCUCUUCCUUGAAGCCCUGCCUAAACCCACCAUAGUCACUAUAUCCAGAUCCAGCUUGGAUGAGUAUUGCCCAGUGGAACAGGUGGAUUCCAUUCAGAAUGGCGUAUUGGAAAUUCUACAGUCCCUCUUCGGCUGCUUGGAUAUUCACAGAGAGUAUCAAUCAAUACCGGCAGAGAGCACAUCACAGACCACAUGAGAAGAGAGGUUAAAAUUCAGCAGCGGCUGUGCCAUAUUUCCCAUCAGGCUCUCAUCGAGAGCGUGUGCGACUGUGAUGUUUUGUUAUCUGUGUGCGCAGAGGAGGAGAAGGAGGUUUCAGACUGCUUUUUAGUUGAUUUACUCGUCCUCAUGUUGUUCCAAACCCAUGCUGAGUUUUUUCUGUGGAACGCAAAAGUAAUACGAAAUGUUCUCGCCAACAACAGGUCAAUAGUCUGCUGGUAAAAGUUUUGGAAAAGUAGCCCGUGUUUGCAGUCGCAAUAAAAAAAAUAUGCUAAGGUCGUAGAAUAAAACUGCUUUUUGACUUCAUUUACAUGAGCCAUUUUUAAAAAUCAUCUUUUGGAACAUCUGGUUGCUGUGAACUGGGUUUUAAAGGAAUUGUUCACCUUAAAAAUGAACAUUCUGUCGUUAUUUUCUCACCCUCUUUUCAGUUUUAAAACACAAAAGAUAUUUUAAAGAAUGUUGAUGGUCCCCAUCGAUUUGCAUUGGUCUUGUGUCCAUACAAUAAAAGUCAAUAUGGACCAACGGUUUUUGGUUGCCACCAUUUUUCUAAAUAUCUUCUUUAGUGUUUUUCAGAAGUAAAUCACACAAGUUUUAAUAGACAACAGGGUGAGUGACAAAUGAUGACAUAAUUUUCAUUUGGAAUGUGAAUUAAUUCUUGAAGAGCCGUGUAUCAACAUUUCAGCUUAAAUUCUUUUUGGAGAGAAACAUUUAUUUUCUUAUAUUUGUCAUCUAGUAGGAAUAAAUACAGAAUGAAAUUUAGGGUAUUGUUCAAAAAUGUAUGCUUUAUGGGUUUCAUUUCCACAGUCAAAUAAACAUAAAAUAUGAAUUCA